AUGGUUGCUGACUUAAUUUGCAAACCUCGUGUGGUUAGUAUAAAUGACAGGAAAUUGCUUGUAGACUUAACUGUUUUAGAUAUGCGGAACUUUGACAUAAUUCUUGGAAUGGAUUGGUUGGCAAGCAAUUAUGCUUCGGUUGAUUGUCGAGGCAAAAGGGUAGUAUUUCAGAUUUCUAAUCAACUAGAAUUUUGUUUUGUUGGUAGUGGAGUUAACACUCAUCUUCUGGUAAUCUCAGCUUUGCAAGCUAGACGGUUGUUAAGGAAUGGUUGCGAGGGUUAUUUAGCUUCUGUGAGAGAUACUCGUGAGACUGAAUUGAAGUUAGAGGAUAUUCUAGUUGUGAAGGAAUUUUCCAAUGUUUUUCCUGAAGAGUUACCGGGGUUGCCACUAGAUAGAGAGAUUGAGUUUGCCAUUGAAUUGAUACCCGGCAUGGGUCCUAUCUCCAAGGCUCCGUAUUGGAUGGCCCCAGCAGAGUUGAAAGAGUUGAAGGAACAAUUACAAGAGUUACUAGAUAAGAGCUUUAUUCGGCCUAGUGUUUCUCCUUGGGGUGCGCCUGUUUUAUUUGUGAAAAAGAAUGAUGAUGGGGUGUCUGUUGACCCCAAGAAAGUGGAGGCUGUGGUAGAGUGGAAUAGGCCUACUAGUGUCACUGAAAUUCGUAGCUUCUUGGGUUUAGCAGGAUAUUAUAGAAGGUUCGUUGAGGGAUUUUCCCGAAUUUCUAUGCCUUUGUUUAACACAAAAAAGGGGUUAAAUUUGAAUGGUCUGGAUGUUGUGAGAAGAGUUUCCAGAUCUAAAGAGCCGAUUGGUGUCUGCUCCAGUACUUAUAGUUCAGAUGAAGGUUUUACCAUCUAUAGUGAUGCAUUGAAGAUGGGCUUGGGUUGUGUCCUGAUGCAGAAUGAUAAGGUAGUGGCAUAUGCAUCUAGGCAGUUGAAGCCAUAUGAGCAGAAUUAUCCUACGCAUGAUUUGGAGUUGGCUGCCGUGGUAUGGCACAACCAUGGAGUGCAGUUGGCAAACCUUAGGGUUCAACCCACGUUGAUUGAUAGAAUUAAAGAUACUCAAGGAAGAGAUCCUCAGUUGCAAAAACUUAAGGUUGAAAUGGAAAUAGGGCUUCAAAUGGAAUUUUGUAUGCAUAAAGAUGGAACCUUGAGAUUUGGAGAGAGGUUGUGUGUGCCUAAUGAUUCAGAGCUCAAGAGAGAAAUCCUGAGAGAAGCUCACAGUUCAAGAUAUACUGUACAUCCAGGGAGCACUAAAAUGCAUAAAGACUUGAAGAGGAACUUUUGGUGGAAUAAUAUGAAGAGGGAAAUUGCUCAGUAUGUUGCUCAAUGUUUGGUAUGUCAACAAGUGAAAGUUCAACAUCAGAUACCUACAGGUAAGUUACAACCUCUUCCUAUUCCCGAGUGCAAGUGGGAACAUAUUACCAUGGAUUUUGUGACAGGGUUGACUAGGACCCAAGGUGGUAACAAUGCUAUUUGGGUUAUCGUUAAUCGAUUGACCAAAUCCACUCACUUUGUAGCUUUUAAAGUAGGGUUCUCCUUAGAAAGGUUCGCAAAAUUAUAUAUCAAGGAGAUUGUGAAGUUACAUGGUAUUCCGGUGACCAUAGUGUUUGAUAGAGAUAGCAGAUUUGUAUCUAUGUUUUGGAGGAGUUUGCAUACAGCUUUGGGUACUAGUUUGAAUUUUAGCACGGCCUUUCAUCCUCAAAUUGAUGGACAGUUAGAGAGAACUAUUCAGACUCUUGAAGACAUGUUGAGGGCUUGUGUUAUUGAUCUUGGAGGCGAAAGGAAGCUGUUAGGGCCUGAGAUUGUGCAACAAACAGUUGACAAGAUCAAUCUUAUUAGAGAGCGAAUUCGCAUUGCACUGAGUAGACAGAAAAGUUAUGCAGAUAAUAGGAGACGCGAUUUGGUGUUUGGGGUUGGAGACCAGGUGUUCCUUAAGGUGUCUCCUAUGAAAGGAGUAAUGAGGAAGGAACAGGUUUUGAGGCGUCGAGUCAUCCACUAUGUUAAGGUUCAAUGGAGCAAUCACUCAGAAAGAGAAGCAACUUGGGAACUCGAGGAUGAAAUGAAACUAAAGUAUCCACAACUUUUUGAGACUCCAGGAUUGGCUGGAAGUGGCGGUGGGAAAUUGAGGGGAGCAUUCUUGAUGCUCAUUGAUCAAGUUUUGACAAUAGAGUUGGGUAGUUUAGAUAAGGUGUGUUUGGCUAUUAAUUUGGAGAAAUGA